UUUUGGUUAUUCGUACAACGUAGAAUAUAUAAUUAGAUAAAAUAGUUCUAUUAGUUCAUAAUGGAUUAACAUAAGUGUCUAUCUCAUGGUUAUUCAAUGAUGACUAUGACUUCACCUGGCAUUCGUUGAUUUCAUAAAAAUUUAGAUGCGAUUGUACUUCAAUAUGGCGAAUCGCGACAAAGGACGCAAAAAGUGGGGAGGAUUUUCACAAGAUAAUAUACAAAGUUCCAAAUCAGAAAAAGAAAGAUCAGUAGGAAUGCGUGGAGGGUGUAAUAGAGCACCACAAGCUUUAUACAGACCUGGGAGUGGACCACUUCGAAAAUCAGAGAAGUCUGCCGAUGACUUCGAUCAUGAAAAUAAUUCACAAGUAAAAUCAAAAUCAACAUCCGUCCAACAUCGUUUAAAGCAAUCACAGUCCAAUAGAUGCAGUCAAAUGUACCACAGUCCACCAUCAUCUUAUGCAGAAAAUCCAAAUGAAAAAUUGAAUGAUAUGCAUAUUAAUCUUAAAAAUGAUGAUAACAGUGAUCAAGCACAAGAUUCUUUUAAAAGUAACUAUGGUGGAGAUCUGAGAAGAAAAAGCAGGAAACCGGAACAGCAACUGUACGUACCUAAGAAAGUGAAGGAAGCAUUGGCUGAACAGGAUGUAGCGAAUAGAUUCGAUCGUGAUCAUGAAAGAGAAGAAAGUGAAGAUUGCGAUUCUCAUUCCAAUCGUAGUUAUAAAGGUCAUAGACAGCGUAAUCGUUCAGGUGGUCGCAGUGGUAGAGAUGAACAUGGAAAACGAUUUUUGGGUAAUCGUAGGAAUCGUCAUACCAAUGAAAAUGAAGAGAGUUGGAGGUCAGAUUCUCCAUUAUCUACUAAAAAUUAUGGUAACAGACGAGAUAAUCCACGAGAAAUUAGACAGGGUUCAGAACCUCUUUUUGUAACACCGAACAACUCAAAUGAUUUUUCUCGCACUCGAGAUACACGUAGUGUAGAACCCGCUGGACAUCCUGACAAAUUUCAGGGUAAACCACCUUCAGGCAAAAAGAGUGCUUCUAAUAAACUGGACUCUCUACCACCGCGUUUGCAAAAGAAGUAUAUGAUCGACAAUGGCUUAGCACCACCUAACAGUUCUUUUGCUUCUACGAUCGAAGAGUCUUGGAAUGGCACAACUGGUUCAUCAGUUUAUUAUCCACCUGCAAUUCAACAUUCACAAACUAUGCAAAACUUGCCACCUUCUGGUCCAUUACCACCUCAACCUUGUUGGUCUAAUACUGUACCUGUACGAAGUAGAGGUAGAGGUAGACUUAGACCAGAAGAAAUAGAAGGCCCAACCAAUGUGUUUAGACCUGUUACUCCGGAUCAGUAUUCGGCUCCAAGUUCAAGAUCUCAUACUCCCAGUCAGGAAUAUACAAAUCGGUCUUAUGAUCGUCGUGGUAGUAACAGUACAAUGUAUACAAGCAUGGAAAGUUUAAGUCGUGCUGAUAGUGUAAUGUUGCCACCUCCAAUAUCUACAUUAUCUAGUUCAAAUAGAUGUCAGAUUUCAUCUGAGGAACAACAUCAUAAUGCAUCGUCUCCAAUUUCUUCACAGCAUCGUACUUAUAAUACACAAAGAGUAAACAAUUCAAAUGAGGGUAAAUCUAUGGAGAAACAGCGUAGUCAGCAAAUACUAAGUCCAUCAAAAAGUGAACCUUUUAGUCUGUUACCUGAUAUGGCAUCAGACCGCACUCUUGAUUGGAGUGAGGAAGUUGAAUUAAGUGAGAAAUUAGAAGCACAACACCUGAGUCGUAGUUCGUCUGUACAAAGUUUACGCGAAAGUGUAAGUUUAUCUGGAUCUCAAUCAAAAAGAGAGGUUUACAAGCGAGGAAAAAAAAAGCGUGAUAAGAAACAUGCAGAUCGGAACAAUAGUUCAGAUAAAACACGUGUAAAUAGUCGUGAUCGUCAAAAUAAUCAACAGAAUAGAGAGAAUGACAGUUAUAACAAUAAUCAGAAAAAUACCAAUAAUAACAAAAGAUAUGAUCAUAGAAGACAUCGCAAUAUAAUUCAACGUAGUCGUGAAUCUAGUAAAGACAGAAAUUAUCGUAGUAGCAGUCGACAUUACGAAGAACUGCAUAGACCAAGACCAGCAGAUCGGCAUUUAGAUGAAAAUUGGAGAACUGGACGGAAAAUGUCUAUAUGCGAUUCGGAUGAAGGGAGACAAACUCCUAAAGUAUCUUCUCAUAUUAUCCCUACUCCAUUAUCAAAUGCAAAUUCAAAUACAGCAAUACGACAAGUAUCCCCUACAGGAUAUACCAAUACCCAAGCACCAGGAGUUUUGGUUUUACCAGAAACCAAUCAAUCGCCACCCAGCCAUACUGUUUCUCGACAACAAGGCAUUCAACAACAAAGAACAUUGUUUGAUCCUAAUAAUCCCAAUAAGCCUAUAGUUGUUACUUCUCCCGGUAGCAGAGCUAUUUCGCAAAGAGAGAAUCAAACGUCAUCUCAAACUACGAGUAUCCCUGUAUUUCAAUCUCAUACGGGUAUAGCACCUUACCAUAAUAAUUUUCAUGGAGCACCAUUGGAUGGAGUACCUUCGUCGUAUACGACAGAUCAGUUUGGCAAUAUGAGACCUUCCUGGUACGAUCCUUGUUCAGAAAGUUUCCGGUCUACAAAAAAUCCUUGCCUCUUGUUGGACAUAGGCAGAGCAGAUUUAGAAUUACAAUGGAUGCUAAGUUCUGGUGGUUUUACAACAAAUUGGGAGAGGGUGUCUUAUAUACGACACUUUCUUCAGGAUAGCUUGCAAACAUUGCUUAAGACUGAUAUCAAGUUCUGCCAAGCCGAGAAUGUUGAACAACAUUUUUGGAAAAUAUUGUUUUAUAAUAUGAUUGAAAUGUUGAGGAAAGGAAUGUCAAAAGAAAACUCAGAAAGCAAGGAGUAUUACAAAAAGACGAUGCUAAAUAUAAUUGACGAGGGUACUAUAUACUUGGAAAAUUUAAUUACAGUACUUGAAAAUACAUAUGACUUCAAGAUACAAGCAUUUCUCGCAUCAUCAACGCUACCUAAAGGUCUUGGAAUCUUAGGUUUAGCUUUAGUGAGCGCACAAAAAAUAUUUCUCUUUCUGGGUGAUUUAGCAAGGUACAGAGAACAAGCAAAUGAAACUACAAAUUACGGAAAAUCAAGACAAUGGUAUUCAAAAGCACAACAAAUCAACCCAAAGAAUGGAAGACCUUAUAAUCAACUUGCUUUAUUGGCACAUUAUGCCAAACGAAAAUUGGACGCAGUAUAUUACUAUAUGCGAUCACUGAUGGCGUCUAAUCCUUUUCACUCUGCUAGGGAAAGUUUGCUAGCGCUUUUUGAUGAAAAUAGGAAAAAGUACGAAUCUACGGAACGUAAACGUAAGGAAGAGAGGGAAUGGAAAGAAAGAGCCAGGAUGAAAGAAAAAGAAGGAGCAAAUAACAUUGGAGGAGGAUUAAGACGAGAAAUAUGGAUUCAUCCAGGUGGUAGAAGAGUUAGGCGUACAACCACGGCAGCUAGUACUACCGAUUCAAGAUUGGCACAAAGUGAUUUAGAAGAAUUAGCACAAUUGACGAGUGUUGAAGUGAAUAAACGUUUUGUUACAUCCUAUCUCCACGUACAUGGGAAGUUGAUCACCAAAAUAGGAAUGGAAACCUUUCAAGAGGCCGGCGUACAGAUGUUAAAGGAAUUCAGGGCUCUCUUGCAACAUUCGCCGUUACCACUUCCUGGCACGCGCUUGUUACAACUCCUGGCUUUGAACAUGUUCGCGAUCGAGACGACACAGCUGAAGGAUACACAAAUGGAACAGGGAUACCGAUCAGAGGUCCAGGAACGUGCACUUAUCGUGUCUUUACAGAUGUUUAGUUUGAUUUUGGAACGUGGUGUAUCUCUGUUGAAGACACAGUUGGACUGCGGAGAAGAACCUCGACUGGUCGUUGGAGAAGAUAUGCAAGUCCUUUUACCCGCCAUUAAGAUUUGGUGCGAUUGGAUGCUGUGUCACAGUACCGUUUGGAAUCCACCACCUUCUUGUACGGACUAUAGAGUCGGACCACCUGGAGAUGCUUGGAGUAGAUUAGCAACGAUGGCAAAUCUUUUGGAUAAGCUAAAUUACACCAGAACUGUUUUGAUACAAGCGAAAGACGCGGAGGGUCGUGAAGACGAACUCGAACUGGUGAAGUUGCCAGAAGAUACGACGUUGGCAGGAUUCACGCCAUUAAUGUCGAAUCCUCAAGAUCCUUGUUACGUAGAAAAGACGGAAGACAUGGAUAUCGCUCAGGUCUGUCUAAGGAUAAGCAAGGUGCUUUUCUUCGGUCAAGUAUUUUUGUGCGGAUUGGAGACACCAGUGUUGAAGUUGCAAAAGAAUGAGAUGGGUAUGAGCGAAUACGUAUCCGUAGUAGAAGCAUCCAGCAUCAGUUCGCCGAGUUCACCGCCUGAACAGAGCGAUUCGGAGCUCUUGGUGGAAAGUUACAGCGAAGACGAGGACGGACCAGUUUCUACAAUGAAGAGAUUGCCGUCGAGCAACGACGUAUUCGACGACAACGGGGCGCCUCUGGCUCUUGGAGAGAUAAGGUCGCUGAUUGAACGGAAGGAGGAGCUGGAGAGGAAGCAACGGAAGCAGGAUCGUCACCGACAACGAGUCCAGAUCAUUGCCAGAAGCGGCGUGACCCGGUCUCUAACCAGUUUCCACCGUCAACAAUGACUUAACAGCGUUCUCUGUAAGCGUUGAUCUCUGCACUCUGGCUUACUUACAUACUAUAGCAAGUAGAUACAAUUACUGUGUUUUGCACAUAGUGGUUUUUACGCGAGUAGGUGUGGCAUGUUAUUCAUACGGUUAAUUAGCCGAUGGAACGGAUUGUCGGAAAGAGGUAAAAAAGAAAGUACGAAAUUCACCGCUUUUCUACCGUGAUUGUAGCAAGGACAAGGUCGAAACCGGCUUACCAACUAAAAUUGUUGAACGAUUCUUUAAUUUCGCUUAAUAGAGCACGCGAGGGUCAAAACGCAGUAAGGGUCGAAAUUUACGUAAAUGGCUAGUUUGCAUCCUCGUAUGUACCGUUCUCCUUUUUUUCCUUUAGGUAUUAUUAAGGACAAGGAAGAAAUUUGUACAAAACGUUACCUGAAUUUCUAGAUAAUGUGAUUAUUUCUUCUUAUAUGUUUUACUUUUUUUUAUAUAUAUAUAGAGGGAGAGAAAAAAAAUGAUUACAGGAUGUUUAGAUAGUGUCCGCUUAAAUCUUUUAAAUUUGAAAACAAUAAAUGAAAUUCCAAAAAAACUCUAAAGACGUAGAAACCUAUGAUUUUAAAUGUUCAAAGAAUACUUAAAGAACAAAAAAAUAUUGCUAAUCGGAAAAUUGGGAAGUGUUUGAAAAAAACCAAAAUAAUUCUGUUCGGGAAAUAAUGUUGGGAUCAUCUGUCAAAUUAUCGAUUUCCUACUUUCCUAUUCUUUAUUUCUUUAUUAUUUUCAUUUUUGUUUUUAAUUUGAUUUGAAAUGAUUCUCUCUCUCUCUCUCUCUCUCUCUCUCUCUGUUUAUUUAUCUUCCCUUUUUUGUUUUGUACCUAUGCGACAUCUCGUCGCUUCUUUUACGUAUGGGGAUUUUUUGUUCAAUCUCUUUUUAUUUUUUACGCCACGAACUAGACAAGUAAUCAAAUUCGGAUUCUAAAAAGCGGUCACCGCUUAAUACGCUGUGUGCGUUACGUAUGAGAGAUGCGAGGGAAUGCGAGAUGAAGCAAGCAGGUUUUGCGAGGGAAGAAAGCAAAGCAUUGUGUACGUCGAUUAAAAUGGUAUUUUUUUUUUCCCUGAAAAAAGAGAAUGAAAAACCGAGUUAUUAGCAGAAUAAAAUAUUUUCUCAUGCGCGUAUAGUUUCAAACCUACGCAAAUAUCGUACAGAUAUACCAACAGUAUUAUCACUCUCAGUAUGGUAACACAUUCAGUUUGUGAUUCAGCGUACAGUACAAUUGCAAAAAGUUUACAUAAGAUUAUCGAUAUAUAAUUAUUGUAAUUGUAACCAACGCUAAAUGGUUUUAUGUAUAUCAAUAAAGUUAUAUUAAUUGACAUAUGUAUGUAAUAUUUCCUCAAAGAUAUUAGAAAUCUUGAAUGAGAUUUGUUUAAAAAUUGUAAAUGUAUACGAAAUUGAAUCAAGGAACUUUUUUCACUUUACUUUCGUCUUUUGUCGUGUAUUACCGUUAAGAAAAAGAGGAAAGAAUCAGGAUUUGCCGUUAAAAAAUAAUUAAGAUGAACGAAUCUAUGAAGAAAAAGGUUGUGCAUCGUCGAUAAAAAGAUACAUACAUAUUGAGUUUCUCGCCAAGUAAUUCUCUAACGGAUUCUUCGUCGAGUAGAGGUACUGAUCGGACUAACAAAUUCAGAGUCUAUGUCUACGGCUAUAAACAAUUGUCAAUUGAUUCUCUUUUUUCUUUCUCUUCUUUUUUCUCAGCCAGUAUUAUUACAAGGACGAACGUUUCUCUAUUUUGGAACAACUGACAUUGAAUCGAUAAACGUGGAAGAGGCGUGGCGUUGAUUACGGGUUUCUUCGUGUCGAUUUAUAAUGGAAAAGACAGCACCGUGUCAAAGCCAGCGACCGUAACUCGUCUAAUCUCCGAUCUUACCUACUAUCGAUUCGAUCAUUCAUCUUGAUACCGUAACGUUUAAUCGCGCAAUUUAAGAAGUUGUAUUUAUCUGUUCACGGAGACCGAGCGUGAUUCAACAACUGGUAAAUAUUUUAUUAUCCGAAUUUGUUAUUAUGUCAGUUGUUUCGAUAUAGACGAAUGUUCUUGCAGAAUAUUGUAAUAAUUCUUAUAUUGGAGAUUCUACCUUACGCAAAUUUUUAUUCGAUAUUUUAUUGAACGGUACAAUGAUAGACAACCAAGUAAAUCAGAUUUCGCAAUGCUGAACUUUUGGGCGCGUUUCUCGUCUCAUCGCAUUUAAAAAAGAAAGAGCAAAAUCGAGUUUUACCGAUUCGAUAUAUCGCAUCCAGCAUAUUCGUCGCACACGCUUUGCAGUUGAACCAUCGAACGGGUUUCUCCAUCGUUGUGGGUGAACGGCGAAGGAGACCGGGCGCGAUUCACGAGUGGAUGAGGAAAAAGAACCAAAUGAAUUCCUCCGGCGCAAUCACAAGGGCCAAGCUAACGGUACCGAAACUCUGUGAUACGAAGGACGCCACAACGAGAAACGAUUCCUUAUUCCUUCGUUUGCUUUUAUUAUUUUCGACACUCACGCUUCGAUAAAUUUCGUCGUUUUUGUUCCUUCCACGAUUCUCCUCCUGCCAGAACAUUUCUUUCUACUGCGAAACGUUUGGACCUGUUCCAAGAGAGGCGAGGAAUUAUAAAGAGUUGGAAGAUUGCAGAUUCUAUUUUUCGCUCCUUCGUACGUAAAACAUGUUCAAGAAAAUAUUUGGCUAGCGAAAUUUUUUUAACACAAGUUCCAUUCCAACUUUCUGCCUACUAAUUUAAUUAAAAGAAAUUUAAAGGAAACGACACGUUUCAAUUUAAAAUUCAUUUAUUCUGCUGAAGUGAUGAAUUUAUAGUGAGUCAAACAAAUUUUCAAAAAAUAAAAGAAAAACGAAAAGAAGACGAAAAGGAUAAAAUAGAUGAUUAAAAAAAAAUGGAGGACGAGCAUAUGAAUGCUCUUCCAAUGCAAAUUUCUUUUCACAAUUCCAUGAUUAUCGUACAAUUCUUUCUAAUCUCUUUGUUCUUAUCCGAAGACGACUUCAUAACUAGGUGUAAUUUAUUCUAGAUCUAACGAAACGAUUCUCUUCUGCCUUUUUUCUUUAUCCCAUCAUCUAGUUGGAGCUAUAACUAAACGGACGUUCGAGUAGUUCUUUAAUCUUCUGACAGAGUUGGUUUUCAUUAACGGAUACCUAAUUGGCUUCUCGAAUUUAUGCGCCAUAAUUAAGACGAUGUUGCGGAUCUUUGCAUAAAUUUAAUUAGGCUUCUCCUCGACCUCGUCGAAUAUCGCAUUGCGUCUUCUUUCCCGUGCGGGAUCUCGAGAGACCGAUCGUCGCUUCGAUCGUUCGUUCUAUCGUCUCGUCUAAUUACGAACUUCCUUCUAAUCACGCGUUUUACUUCCUUAUCGAUCUUGAUCUUAUCGCGUUAUAUUUAAUUUUAAUAUGUUUUAUUAACUCGUAACAUUUUGCUCCUUUCUUAUUUUCCGUUUUCCUGGCAAAUAAGAGAGAAACGUUCGAAUUGAAUUUCCUUCAUUGAUUUUUCAAAUCACAUUGCCGGUGCAGUCUUAUUAUUGACAUAGUUACAAAAAGCAAAAAGGAGACUCAAUAGGGAUAAUCUAAAUUUAAUCCGAUUUACAGAGUAUUCCGUAUCCUCAUUAUUCCUUUCGACUCCCAUCCAAGAGAAAUAGAUUAUCCUCCCAUGGGAUUUCCAACGCUUCUCAGCACGAUCUUAAAAGGAAGCGGUGGAAAAAAGAGAGUGGAUGGGGGGCGUAAAAUAUGUCUUCUUGUGAAUAACAACCGAAUUUAUCACUGAACAUAUGGCAAAGUAGAGAACAUCGACUAUUGGAUGCUGUCGAACAUUUAUGAACGGGAUGGAAGGAUCUUCGUUUCGUGCGCGUCUCGUAAGACAAGUAAAAAGAAAUUUUCAUAUAGAAAAGCGAUUUCUACUAUGUAAUAUACUUACUCAUAUUUAAUAAUACAGUGUUAUUAUUUAUAAUCGGUUGUUUGUUUUCUUUUGUUUUUGCUUUUUUUUCUUUUUUCUUUACAAUUGAUAAAUAACGUAUCAAGAUUCUUAGCAGUCGUCUUAAACAACGUAUAGAAAAAUUUUUGAAAAAUAUCAUGUAAAAUAAAAAUAAAAUUUCACUUUCGGUAUAUCACAUCGUCCUUUCGAAGUGACAGAAUCUAUUUCCAAGUUGGCGUUAAUGCGCUGCUCUCUCGAUGUCCUUAGAACUACGAUACCGGACGUUAAAAUCGAGGUCGUCUUUGCUCGCUGAUGUUCGGCGAUCGCGGGGCUAACGACCUACCGUUGCUAAUUGUAAAUAAUAACUAAAAUAAAGCGUUUCUACGCGUCCCUCAUAAUUAUUGUCUGUCUCGCGAUGUUUUGUUAUGUGGUUAGAACCAUUUUCGCAUAAUAUUCGUAUUCGUGUUUGUGUAUGUGCUAUGAGUAACUUCGAUCAUGAGCCUUGGUACAUGUGCAUGCGAGCACAAGCAAAAUGGAAAAUUCUCUUCCUCGUUAUCCUAAAAUAUUUACGAUCAAUGAAGCCAUCGCCUUCUUUUGAAGAUAAUAAAUUUAAUUUUACGUGGCUGAAAAUAAUUCAUCGACAUUACGUAGAAAACGACGACGACGUUUAAUUAUUUUUAAUUUGCGAUAAUGGGUCGUCCUUUCUAUCCAGACACAAUCAAUGCAAAAAACUUUUAAUAGUGUUAGCUUUUAUAAGUAUUAAAUAUUAACGCAUACUCACAUAUUCGUGAUAUCUGUAUUAUCCGUGUAACAACACGUUAAGAAUAUUCUUGUAAAUCUUUCGAGAAUUAUUAUACUUUUUUUCCCAAAACUUCACGAAAAAUUACGACCUACAAACGUUCCCUCCUUUGCCGUUGAUUACCGUAAAUGAUGAGAUAAAUUUGUUACGAUUAUUUCACGCGUUAUGUUUUGUAAGCGUGUCGUCGAAUAUAUUUAAGAAGGAUACAUAAGGAAGUAUUUUUUCUUUUUGUAAUUAGUACGGUGAGUAGCAAUAGUACCGUUUAAAUUCACAGUAAC